CUUCCAGUCAUACUGUAACUGUAGAAUCAAUUCAUUUUCAGACAAUAACCCUAGAAUCGAGACAUCGGAGAUAAUGCAGGAGAAGAAAGUGGAAAAGCCAGCCAACAAGAACCCUAAAAAGGCCAAUCUGCUCGAUCACAAUUCCAUCAAGCACAUUCUCGAUGAGUCUGUCACUGAGAUCGUGACGAGCAAAGGGUAUCCUGAAGAUGUUAGGAUGAGUAACAUUCGGUUGCUGAUUGGGGCGAUCAUCAUUGUUAUUGCGAUCUUCGCGCAGUUUUACAACAAGAAGUUCCCCGAGAACCAGAACUUCCUCAUCGGCUGCAUCGUUUUGUAUGUUUUGUUCAAUGGGAUAUUACAACUGAUUAUAAACAUGAAGGAAAAGAAUGCCAUUCUAUUCACCUAUCCUCCACCUGAUUCUUUCAACUCUACCGGGUUAGUAAUAACGUCUAAGAUGCCAAGAUUCUCGGACAUGUAUACACUUAUCAUAGCCAGCGCCGACCCCCAGUCAAUAUCUGCAAGGCCACCAGUUGAAUUCACCAAGAGCGUUACUAAGUGGUUCACUAAGGAUGGAGUUUUGGUGGAGGGCAUUUUCUGGAAGGACGUCGAGGGGCUUAUAAAUGAAUAUGCCAAAGAAUCUAGAAAGACCAAAUAAAUUUCAACUUGUAAUAUAUACCAGUGGAUCUCGUUGCUAGAAAAGUACACGCGAACUAGUUUACUUGGCAGAGACGACAGUAAUCGAAAGUGAGUUCUCUCCUUAAAUAGAUUUUGUGUUAAAAAUAUUGAAUGAUUCGCUGAUAUAACUCUGAUCGAAUUAGUAUAACUGAUGAUGGGCAAAUUCUAUGCUUUAGACUUUA